UAUGACCUCGAGGCGAAAACCUUCCUAGAGAGUUAGAAAGCAUCAGUUCUCAUAUAUUUCGUCAAAGAAAAUUUGGCACUUUUGAUUUCAUAUGAAGAUCCUCAUAGAGAGUCAGAAAGCGUUAGUUCUGAUUGUGUGGCGGUAAAAAAAUAUCUAUCUUGGCAACGAACACAUCAUUGACUGAUAGAUUAUUUUCAGACUCGGUUAAUGAAAAAAUGAGGAAAAUGAGAGGAUUUAGGCUUGGAAGGAGAUUGGUGAGAGUUUUCAAGUUCAUUCAUAGGAGAAGAAAGGCAAAAAUCAGCUACAAACGUUUGGGAUCCUCCAAUUGUGCAACCAAAGCAAUUUCAAAGCUUUGUAAUUUGGGAAAUUUGUUGAAGCAUUGUGUUAAAGGUGUCAACUUUAGAAGACCUGGUUCGGGCUAUAUCCCGGUGGGGUCGGAUUUUAUGAAUCAGAACCAAAUAUCAAAGGGUCAUUUGGCUGUGUAUGUUGGUGAAAAACAGGAUGAUGCAUGUAGAGUUUUAGUGCCCGUGACUUAUUUUAAUCAUCCUUUGUUUGCUAAUUUGUUGAGAGAGGCUGAAAUUGUUUAUGGGUUCAAUCACUCGGGUGGCAUCCAAAUCCCUUGUAGGAUAUCCGAAUUCGAGCACGUUCAAUCAAGAAUUGCCGCCGCGGGGGGCAGUGGAACUAGUGCUGAAAGGAGGAGGUGGAGGCGUAAAUACUGGUGAGUUGUGAUCAGAGGCGAACCUAAAAUUUAAAAGUAUAUUUUCUUAAGUUAUGUUGGUAGAAAAAAUUAAUGAACAAGAAUAACCACCAACGGUAGGCAUAAAUAAUGGUAAGUUGUGAUCAGAAGCUAGCGAAUCUAAUAUUUAAAAGUACAGUUUUAACUUAUGUGUGUCGAAAAAAGUAAUGAACAGGAAUCGCCACCACGUUGACGGUGGAAUUUGUCGUGGAGCGAGCUAGAGUCAUAACUCAUAAGUACGGUGAAUUGUGAC